AUGCAUCUGUAUCAGCUCCUGUUCACUCUCGCUAUUCUUGCGAGUCUUGUGUACAGCUGCAUCAAUGGCCCUACCGAGCCUAACAAUACCAUCGACGUACCCACCACCAGCCAAGAUCAGCUCCAGCCUGAGCCGGUUCCUAUGCCCGGUUUUGACCCUGAGGAUGUCGAAGAUCAGGCCGAAAGUCUUCACCUGCAACUCCGAGGUGUAACCCAACAGCUGGACUACAAAUGCGGUCCGAAAUAUGGGACAUGCCCCAGUGGUACUUGCUGCUCCAGUGCGGGCUUCUGUGGAACUACUACGGCUCACUGCCGUUCUCCCGACUGUAUGCUUGACUACGGCCUUUGUGACACCCACAAGUCUCCCAAAGGGCCACCUACGAAGGAAAUCCCACGCCCUCACAUUGGUCGAGUUCCCUAUGGCCCACUGGAGAUUCGCUCGUGCACUGUUCCAGGCACUAUUGCUCUAACCUUUGAUGACGGUCCAAGUCGAUACACCGGUGAUUUACUUGACCUCCUCGACCGGUACGAUACGCCGGCAACUUUCUUCAUUACUGGUAUCAAUAACGGCAAGGGUCCAAUUGAUGACCCGAGUCUGCCCUGGGCUGACUUGAUCGAGCGCAUAACUAUCAGUGGUCAUCAGGUUGCCAGUCACACUUGGUCGCAUGAGGAUCUCAGCAAGAUCACAGCCGAACAGCGUCAAGAUCAGAUGCUCAAGAACGAAGUGGCUAUUCGAAACAUCCUUGGCAGCUUCCCAACCUACAUGCGUCCACCAUUCUCCAGCUGCCUCCCUGGCUCAGGCUGUCGAGAAGACCUCGGCAAUUUGGGAUACCAUAUCAUUUUAUACGAUAUCGACACCGACGAUUACAAAAAUGACAGUCCGAAUCUCAUUCAGCUCUCGAAGGACAUAUUUGACCGAUUCCUGAAUGCUGGGGAUUCCAAGACGAAUUCUUGGCUAGUAAUUGCCCAUGAUGCUCAUGAGCAGACUGUCCACAAUCUCACCGAACAUAUGCUCAAGACGAGUGCAAGGCUUGGAUAUCGACCCGUCACUGUUGGUGACUGCUUGCGUGACCCUCGUGACAACUGGUACCGCGCAGACAGCCGCUGGACCGGACAUAAAAAUAAGAAAGAGUCCCCCAAGAAGGGUCCGAAGAAGUCCACUGCUCCACAGCAAGUCUCUGUCGAUGGCACAUGCGGUGCGAAUUACACCUGCCUUGGAUCUCGAUUUGGAAUUUGCUGCGGUAGCAAAGAUCUCUGUGGAAAUACCACGUCACACUGUGGCCAUGGCUGCAAGAAGGAUGCUGGGUACUGCGCCGUUCACGUUCCAUCCAACGGCGACGCCUGGGACCCCGUUUCUCCUGGAAGCAAGAGCGCCAAAUCCGAAGCGGACUCCGAUGGCCGAGUCGUCGGGACUGCGGCUGUAACCUCGUUGUUGCUAGCCCUGAUCGUGGCAAUGUGGAUGUGA